AUGGGCAAGCAGGAAGGACCCAAGCACGGUCACAUUCUCGAUAACGGUGAGACGCGCGACCGACUCGCCGCGCACAUCGCCCGGCCGUGUCGGUGGGUCCCUGAUCGGCCCGCCGCCGGGCCGAUCGGGGUGCCAAGGGCACCGAAACGCCACAAAACAGAUUUCCUCGCCUCGACCGAACCGCCCCCUCCAGUCGCCUCCCGACCUUCGACGCAUCCGUCUAACGACCGAAUCCCGCUCUGCGCUCUGUUCAUCCGCGCAGGCAUCAACGGCAAGCACGCCCGCGUCGAGGGCGACGACGCCGUCAAGAACCGCACCAACAUCGUGUGCACCCUCGGCCCCGUGUCCAGGGACGUGCCCAAGCUGGAGCAGCUCCUCCGCGCGGGCAUGCGCGUCGCGCGCUUCAACUUCUCGCACGGCAGCCACGAGUACCACCAGGAGACCCUGGAUAACCUCAGGAUCGCGAGCAAGAACACCGGCAUCAUGUGCGGCGUGCUCCUCGACACCAAGGGACCGGAGAUUCGCACCGGCAUGCUCGACCACGGCGAACCCGUGCAGCUCGAGAUGGGCUCCGAGGUGACGCUCACCACCGACUACGAGGUCAAGGGCAACAAGAACCUCAUCGCCGUGUCCUACGCGUCCCUCGCCAAGGAUGUCGCGCCGGGUUCCAAGAUUCUCUGCGCCGACGGCUCCAUCACCUUCACCGUGCUCUCGUGUGACGUGGACAACGGCACCGUUCAGGUGAGGUGCGAGAACGGCGCCAAGCUCGGCGAGCGCAAGAACAUGAACCUCCCCGGCGUCAACGUCGACCUUCCCACCAUCACCGAGAAGGAUCGCGACGACAUCAUCAACUGGGGCGUCAAGAACAAGGUGGACUUCAUCGCCGCCUCUUUCGUGCGCAAGGGCUCCGACGUCGAGUACAUCCGCGAGGUGCUCGGCGACGCCGCCUCCAAGAUCUCCAUCAUCUCCAAGGUUGAGAACAUGGAGGGCCUCGACAACUACGACGACAUCGUCCGCGAGUCCGACGGCGUCAUGGUCGCGCGCGGUGACCUCGGCAUGGAGAUCCACCUCGAGCAGAUCUUCCUCGCGCAGAAGCGCAUGAUCAAGCGCUGCAACGAAGCCGGCAAGCCCGUCAUCACCGCCACCCAGAUGCUCGAGUCCAUGACCGGCGCGCCCCGCCCCACCCGCGCCGAGGCCACCGACGUCGCCAACGCCGUCCUCGACGGCACCGACUGCGUCAUGCUCUCCGGCGAGACCGCCGCGGGUUCCUACCCCGUCGAGGCCGUCUCCAUCAUGGCUGACAUCUGCCGCGAGUCGGAGGCUUACGUCGACAACUACGCCGUCUUCAAGAACCUCAUGGACCACCAGUCCCUCCCAAUGAACCCCCUCGAGUCCCUCGCCUCCUCCGCGGUCAGGUCCGCGCACAAGGUUGGCGCGGAGCUCAUCGUCUGCCUCGCCAAGUCCGGCCGCACCGCGCAGCUCCUCGCCAAGUACCGCCCCGCCGCGACGAUCCUCGCCGUGUGCGUCGAGGACCCCAACGACGACUCCCACGACGCCGCGUCCGUCGCCCGCCGCUUACUGCUCUCCCGCGGGAUCCGUCCCGUCGUGGCGCCCGUGUCGUGGCGCGCGUCCGCCGAGGAGACCGCCGCGGACGCGGACGCGGGAUCCAAGCACCACGCCGUGGUCAACGUCACCGAGACUAAGAACCUCAUGCAAAACGCCGUGGACUACGCCAAAGAUCACGGCAUGGUCAACCCGGGGGCGAUGGUCGUGGGCGUGCACCGCGUCGUGGGCGACCUCAUCCUCAAGAUCGUCGAGUGCCACUGA